AAUUAUAGAUGGUUCUCCUUAGCAUUUCCUAGAGAGACCCAUAAUUACUACAGUCCUCCCCCUUCUCUUUUUUGGCCAAAGGAAUUGAAUUCAGGCUCUUCCUAGUGAGACGUGGCACCAUCCGGUCCUCAAUUCUCGAAACCAUGUGGACGACGGCGAUUUUCAAUUCGAAAUCGGCGUUGUUACAGUUGGCGACACGGCGGCUGAGCACCGGGCCAGGGAAGAGAGUCGCCGCAGUUUGGGGGAACGGAGACUACGGGAGGCUCGGAUUAGGGAGCUUGGACUCUCAGUGGAGCCCUACCCCUCUUCUCUGCUCUGCGUUUCGGGACCAAAGCCUCCAAGCCAUUGCUUGCGGCGGAGCUCACACUCUGUUCUUGACAGACGGCGGCCGGGUUUUCGCCACCGGGCUUAAUGAUUUCGGACAGCUUGGGGUCUCCAGUGAUGUGCCUUAUUCCACUGAACCGGCGGAGGUAUCGGGAAUCGACAAGCAAGUUGUGCAAAUUUCGACUGGAUAUUAUCACUCUUGUGCUGUUACAGUUUUUCCUGCAGAAGAUGGAGAGUUAUACAUGUGGGGGAAGAACUCAAAUGGGCAGCUUGGCCUCGGAAAGAGGGGAGCAAAAGCAGUUUCUAUUCCAACAAAAGUUGAAUGCUUAGCUGGAAUGACCAUUAGGAUGGCAGCUUUGGGAUCAGAGCACUCGGUGGCUGUCACUGAUGGAGGUGAGUGUUUAAGUUGGGGAGAAGGGUCUGGAAGACUUGGUCAUGCCCCUGAAUCAGGCAUUUUAGGAAUUUUCAGAAGUACCAGUGAAUAUACACCAAGGCUUAUCAAGAAACUUGAGGGGACCAAAGUUAUAAAAGUUGCUGCUGGAUUGCUGCAUUCAGCAUGUGUUGAUGAAAAUGGAUCUGUAUUCGUAUUUGGUGAAAAAGCACUGGACAAAAUGGGGAAUGCCAAGGAAAAGAAUGGAAAUGCACCGUCUGUGAUUGGCAAACUGCCAUUUUCGGAAGAAGUCUCAUGCGGUGGCUAUCACACAUGUGCCAUAACAAGUGGUGGAGAACUCUACAGUUGGGGUUCAAAUGAAAAUGGUUGCCUUGGUAUUGGUACCACAGAUGUAUUUCAUCUGCCUGAAAGAGUUCAAGGUCCAUUCUUGAAAUCUGCUGUUGUCAAGGUAUCUUGUGGUUGGAAGCAUACAGCAGCAAUUUCUGGACGCAAUAUCUUCACAUGGGGUUGGGGAGGUUCGCACGGAACAUUUUCUGAAGAAGGGCAUUCUUCUGGAGGACAACUGGGUCACGGAACUGAUGUUGACUACGUAAAACCUACAAGGGUUAAGUUCGGGGAGAAUUUGAAAGCUUUACAUAUAUCAUGUGGGUUCAAUCACACUGGUGCCAUACUUGAAUACGCCUAAGCUUCAGGUGUUGCAGUAUCAGCAGAAGGACAUGCGGUCAUGGUUUGGACAUCUCUUUCAUCGUACUCAUUUAUUCAUUUCAUUCAUAUAUGUACAAUCAUGGAAUGUGCUGUCAGUCACCAGAACAACUACACUUGGUUACACCAAAGAUAUAUAUGGACUUGUCGUAUCCAAAAAAGAACGAAAGAAAAGAAAAUGAACUCGUACCUGUGUAUAUGCUAUCAAAGGUCCAAGCAUACAAAUAAUAUGAUUCCAUUGUUAUAGUGAUGGAAAUGUAAUCACCAGAUAUCGCAGACCUACACAAGAAAAUCACAACUAUAUAUUCCAAAUGUAUUCCAAAUUUCCAUUGAAAGUUCUGUUAUAUGCAUACUGGUAUUUGCCUUGAGAGUCUGUAGUGUUCACAUUGAC